UCUAUUGCCCACCUCUAUUGUUUUUUUCAUAUCAACAUGAGCGCUGUGAACGAUCCGCUGGAAUUGUUAACGAAUAAGGGCACCCGCCAGCCCACUUUCUUGGGUCCAAUAUGGAAUCCGUUAGCCUGCGGAUUGGCCGGUGUGGGCGUGGCCAUUUUCGUCAACUGGGGCUUCCGUAGACCCGUGUUUUCCGGCAUCCAGAAGCAUGUUGCCUUUGGCGUACUUGGACUCGGUGCAGGAUAUUAUUUCGACCAGAAACGGAACGAAUAUCUGGCCAAAAGAGACGCCGUCCUCCGACACUAUAUCGAACUUCAUCCCGACGAUUUCCCCGUGAAGGAUCGCAAGACCUACGGCCAAGUCCUAGAGAGUUGGGUGCCAGUUCGUUAAAUGGAUCGAAAUCUUUGUUAUAAAGCAAGCGAUGGAAGUAGUUAAUAAAACAGCUUUAAUUGUAA